AUGGACCGAGACGGAGACGGCGCAACGGCCGCUGUAAGAAGCCCUAGCCACCGAGAUAGAAGCGACGGUGUAGAUUCAAUAAGCGCUCUGCCUGAUGAGAUCCUCCAAAAUAUACUUACCUCUCUUCCGACAAGAUUCGCCAUACGUACUUCCAUCUUGUCAAAACGAUGGAGGCAUGUAUGGUGCGAUACACCAUGUCUCAACUUCGAACGUUGUGGGGAUAAGUACCUGUCGGCUGAUUCGAUAAACGAAACCUUAGCACGCUACAAGGCUCGCAAGAUGGUGAGUUUCCACCUCUGUUUCGAGUGUAAAAAUUCUCCUUACAUAGAAAGUUGGAUCGAAUUCGCCAAGUCCCGGAAGGUGGAGAAUAUGACGCUGGAUUUAGGUUCACAUGCUUUUGAUUGUUAUGCUAUGCGUGAUUCCUUGUACAUCAAUUCCUAUGUCAAGAAACUCACCCUGCGUAGUUUUGCGUUUCAUGAUUACAAAGUUCCCAGUUUAUCCGUAUCUUGGACAUCACUCAAGGAGCUCUCCUUGCGUGAUUGCAGCCUCGCUGGCGGAACUACUAUGCCUAAGAUUCUAUCUGGUUGUCCGGUUCUCCAAAGCUUAACCUUGGAUAUGUGCUGUUGCUAUAAGCUCAAGGUUCUUGAUCUCAGCAAAUCGCUGCGUUUGACAACAUUAGAAAUCGAUAGCAGUGGUUGGGAUUCGGGGUUACAAAUUGUAGCACCACAUAUCCGUAACCUCGGUUUGACAUUAACUCCCUACUCGCCAUGUGAUUUAGUUGAUGUCUCAUCUCUAUCGGAAGCUAGACUAGACAUUCUCUCUAUCUCACGCGAAGCACUUGUUGCUGAUUUUCUUCAACAAUUUGUUCAAAACAUGAUGGAGAAGCUGCACAAUGUAGAGAAGCUUACUUUUGGGGAGAACUUUAUCAAGAUUUUCUCUUUUGCCGAGCUUCUACGUGUUCCUCUUCCGUUGUUCAAUUUCAAAGCUUUGACGAUUGAGAUAAUGAUUUCUCAAUGUGCAAUUCAUGGUGUAGUAAAGUUGCUACAAAGCUCACGUGAGUUAAAGAAGCUAACCGUACACACAAAGGAUGGACGCGCCAAACCGGACGAGAGUUUUGACUUAUACGUGAACUGGCAUUGCUUGGAAACUAAUAAAACCUGGUGCUCGGAAGCGUUGCUCUUUAAGAACAUUAUCCGCGAUAAUGUUAUUGUUGAGUCGAUAAUAUUGUUCAUAAAACUUGUGCUUAAAAGCACAAAGACUUUAGAGAAUAUGGUCGUAAGAUUUGGAAGUUUUCUUGAAGAAAGAAGAUUUGAAGAGUUGCUUGAGAUGGUUCCAAUGCUUUCCCACGACAAUAAUAACGUCUCUAUUGUGCUUGGCUCAACCACCAAGUCGGAUCAAAGAGGUGUUUGUGUUGUUGUGAAUUUUGUGAUUAUGAACACUGUUAUCAAGUCAGAUGCUGAGACCAGAUGUAAGGCUUUGAGCUAA